ACAUUGUCUCUUGUUGACCCCCGCGUACAGUCCUUUGUCGCACUUUCCUUUGUUUCUCCCUCUCUUCUAUCUCUGCUCCAUCCAACCACAUUCUGGAGUCACUGUUCAAAUGUCCGGCUUGAAACAUUCGCCUUUUGGGAAACGGCUUCGUGCUGCUCAGCAGGAUCCUGAAGACGAGCGGCCACCCUCUAACCGGCAACGCCUCGACGAGGAGACGACAGACUCGCGCAGUUAUGGCGAUAGAUUUAUACCCACACGCGAAUCUGGGGAUAUGCGAACAUCUUAUCACCUGAAGGACGAAGCGGGCCCUUCAACACCCUCCAAAAAGUCGAGAUUAAUCCCAUCUGAGUCGGAUGCUUUAAAGGAACAAGCCAAUUCUCUCUUUACUUCUAUCCUUCAGGCUGAAGUGACGCCACCGGACCAGCGCCCCAUUUCUCCCACAAGACCUUCGCCUCUAAUAGCCUCGAAUGCCACCCCGUCAACUCCAACUCGGCGAAGAAUCUUCAACUAUCAAUCCCCGUCAACCUCGGCCCCAUCGACCCCAACGAGACGGCUCGAUGUUACAACUGAUGCGGCUUACUCGAUGAGCCCCGUUCGUGCCGAGAGCCGGCAACUGCUGGAGAGUCCCAGACGGCAACUCAGAAAUGUGUGCAAAACUCCGUAUCGAGUGCUGGACGCGCCGGAGCUAGCAGAGGACUUUUAUUUGAACCUGGUCGAUUGGUCCAGUACGAAUGUGUUGGGUGUGGGUUUGGGCAGUUGCGUAUAUCUUUGGACUGCCCAUAAUGCAGCGGUGAAUCGUCUGUGCGAUCUUGCUGACACCGGAGACUCCAUUAGCUCGGUUUCUUGGGUCCAAAAGGGUUCCACCUUGGCAGUCGGAACGAUAAGCGGGCGUCUUCACGUUUAUGACGCCAACCGGCUUACCCUCCAAAGGACAUACGCGAACGCUCACACACAACGGAUCGGUGCUCUUGCCUGGAACGCCCAUGUGCUGUCAUCAGGCUCGCGAGAUCGACAAGUCCAUCAUCGAGAUGUGCGUGAACCAGGAAUGCGUCCAUUCAAAAAAUGCACGGGCCAUCGACAAGAGGUCUGUGGACUGAAGUGGAGCGGUGACGGCGGUGUCGGUUCGGCAAAUCUUGCGAGUGGUGGAAAUGACAACAAAGUCUGCAUCUGGGAUCUGCGUGGUUCGAGAAGGAACACCGGGGCUGCCGGUCGCUCGAACAGCACAGCUGCUACAGAUGACGCCGACACACCACUUUGGAAGUUCCACGAACAUACGGCAGCUGUCAAGGCUUUGGCCUGGGAUCCACAUGUCUCCGGAGUUUUGGCAACCGGAGGGGGUACUCAGGAUAAACACAUUCGUUUCUGGAACACAGUGAGUGGGAGCAUGCUCAAUGAGUUGGACACUGGUAGCCAGGUCUGCAACCUCAUUUGGUCCUUAACUUCACAUGAGCUUGUUUCUACGCACGGGUUCUCGUCCACAACCGCCCAAAACCAAAUAUGUAUCUGGAAAUACCCAACACUGAACAUGGUGGCCUCCCUGACAGGACACACCAACCGCGUGCUCUAUCUUGCGAUGAGUCCUGACGGGGAGACUAUUGUGACUGGUGCUGGGGACGAGACCCUCCGGUUUUGGAACGCUUUCCCAAAGCGGGAGGUCGGGGAGAGAGGCACCGAAAGUCGUUUGGAUUAUGGUCGUCUGAUCCGGUGACCGAAUGCUACAGAGUCCAACUAGGUUCCUAGCUUACAUGUACAUAACUAUACAUCACAUUCAUCUCGUUCGAUUUUCCACUUCCGUUGCAGUGGGAAAUAUUCCUAAAUAUAGGCAAGGAGAUCUAAUCGCAUCUGUAUACCAUUGUUUGUCUUCGCCUUUUUUUGGCGAAGACACCCUUGCACCGACUAUCUUUCCGACAUGACCGACGUCGUCAAUCCAACAGAUGAUAUGCCCGCAGCCGUUUCUGAAGCUGCUGCGCCUGCUGAGAAGGCUCCGGCGGUCGCAACCUCGGGCACUGAUCCUGAGGACCCGGUGACGAUGGCAAAGGCGGCCCGACAGAUUGAGUUCUAUUUCGCCGACUCGAACCUCCCUUUUGACAGGUUCAUGUGGACGCUACACACCAAGACUUCUGAGCAUUGGGUUCCUAUUGCUACAGUCGCGUCAUUCAAGCGUAUGCGACCAUUUUCCACGUUUGGGACGGCGUGGGUUGCUCGCGCUCUGCGGGAGAAGAGCACCUCCUUGGAAGUGGAUGCUGAGGGCGUGAACGUGCGCCGAACAAGCGAAGUUCAGGAGCCCAAGGAUCAGCUUGAGCGCAGUGUCUAUGCAAAAGGAUUUCCAGAAGAGAAUUCCACACUGCAAACUCGGUUAGAGGAAUUUUUUGAGCAAUACGGUCCGACGAACGCAGUCCGCAUGCGCCGAGAUAAUGAUAAAAAGUUCAAGCUCUCGGUAUUCGCGGAGUUCACGUCCCAAUCAGCGGCAGACGCGUUUCUAAAUGCCGAACCCGCACCGGCCUUUGACGGAGUGCCUCUACUGACGAUGUCCAAGGAAGCAUACUGUGACAUGAAAGUGCAGGAAAAGGGAUUGACCGGAAAAGCUGCCGACUUUCGUAAAAACGUCUAUUCGGGGCGCAAAUUUGAUGCGUUCCGGGAGAUGGCCAAUGGAACGGACGCGACUAUGGAGGAUGCGACUGGCAAGGACAAGGAAGACCCGAAAGAGGUUUAUCUCGAAUUCAUGGGUUCAACAAUUUUAAUUCGCCGCAAUGGAGACGGAGUCGGUGAGGUUGAUGAAGCCGAUGUACCCUUUGUUAAGGGCGCAACCUUGCGGUUUGAUGGAGUUGAUGCCGCUUCCAAGGUGUUCUUUGCUACAAUCAAGGUCGGUACCCGCUUUGUCUUGUUAUCUGCGUUGACACGGGCCCAGAACCCGCUCAAAGAAAAGUUCGGUCGUCCCCCCUUCAUCCAACAUACGAUCGGGAAUUCAUUUGGUCUCGUCGGUUUCCAUAAAGAACUGAAUGAGGACGAGAUCCAAUUCGUGAAGGACUCUCUUCCGAAAAUCGGCGACAAGGUUGUGUCCUGGGGACCUGUCGGUGAGGAAGAAGAGAAACAAUUCCAGAUCGAACGUGCUCAGGGGGCUGCCAAACUUGCUAUUGAACAGGCAGGCACAACUUCGUCACUGGGAAGUCGGGGCCGGGGCCGAGAUCGUGGGGGUGCUCGGGGUCGGGGAGGACGAGGGGGCCGAGAUCGGGGCAGAGGCCGAGGGCGGGGAGGACGGGAUUCAGGUCGAUCUAAGGGCCCUGCCACUGCAAACACAGAUAUGGAGGAUAGUGUGGUUGGUGAAAAACGGAAACGCCCUAUCGAACCCGAUGGCGGUCCGAAUGUCGGCGUUAGGGGCAAGGGCGCUCCACCAGCCAUUACUUCCAAAAGAAACAAGGCAGAGGAGGGGUCAUAGGCGCUUAGCAGCUCGAGAUUCUCUUUUCAUGUAGUUGGAAUGAAUGUGUGUAUCAUCAGGUACUUCCAUAUGUGACGGCCGCUGCUGAAAAUGAUCAAGGAGGUGUAUCAUAGUAAAUCCAUUACGCAUGUGGAUUAAAAAAUGCUCACUCUGAGGGUCGAACUCAGGACCCUUGCAUAUGAUGUCUUGUUGGGACAGGUUUCC